AUGGGUUCAAACGCCCAAGGCGACGGUACUCAAGUCCUACAGGACCUGAUCAAUGCUGCAUGCUGCGAACCCAAUGGCAUUCCAGGAGCUUCCGUGGUGAUUAUCAACAGGGACGGGAAAGAGUUGUUUGCGCAUGCAUCCGGAAAACGAGGCCAAGGGCAGCCUGAGCCCAUGAGCUUGGAUAACAUUUUCUGGAUUGCAUCGUGCACAAAGCUGAUCACCGGAAUUGCGCUGAUGCAGCUGGUAGAGCAGGGAAAGCUCGCGUUGGAUGAUGCUGAGCAGUUGGAAAAACUAUGUCCUGAGCUUCGCGAUGUUAAGGUUUUGCGUGAGGAUGGCACGUUGGAGGAAAAGAAGAGGAAGAUCACGUUGCGGAUGCUGCUCACUCAUACCGCGGGUUUUGGCUACACUUUCUAUAAUUCGAAACUUGCGGAUUAUGGCAGACCGAUUGGAUAUGACGAGUUCUCCGGGCAAGUUUCUGAUAUUUUGCAGCCAUUGAUAGCUCAGCCGGGGGAAGAAUUCAACUACGGAAUUAAUAUUGACUGGGCUGGUGUGGCCCUGGAACGAGUCACCAAGAUGUCCUUGAAUGAGUAUAUGCAGAGAUAUAUAUUCGAGCCACUGGGCCUCAAAAACAUCAACAUGUUUCCAACUCUACAAAUGAAGGAGAAGCUAGCCUACAUGCACCAACGGGCUCCAGAUGGCACGCUAUCAAUCCGUGAUCAUCUCAUGCACCGUCCUCUUACUGCUGAUACAAAGGAGAUCAAAACAUGCUUCGGCAGUGGCGGAGGUGGAUGUUUUGCAAACCCACAAGAAUACUGCCAAAUUCUUGCGAUGCUUCUGAAGGGCGGCGUCUCUCCAACAACUGGAUCUCGCAUCCUACAGGAAUCCACCGUCGAGGAUAUGUUCACCAACCAGAUCCCCCAACUUCCCAAUUUCGCGCGGAAGCAUUAUUCGAGUGUGAAGCCCGACCUCGUUGCUCCUUUCGAUGAGUUUUACCCGCAGCCGCUCGACCAGGCUCAGGGAUGGGGCUUGACCUUCAUGAUCACACCGCACCGUGGUGCAACAGGACGCAGCGCUAAUACUGUCCAUUGGGCCGGGCUGCCAAACACUUGGUGGUGGGCAGACCGCGAGAAGGGUGUUGCCGGGAUGGUCUGUACACAGAUCUUGCCGUCGUCUGAUUUGAAGGUGGGGAUGCUGAUUGGAGCAGUCGAGUCGACUGUGUACCAGUAUUUUGUAUGA